AUGAGACGGGCCAUUUUCCUGCAAUUUUUACUUGGAAUAUUGGCUUGCUUUAGCGUCUUCUGCGCCAAUGCAGAAGAUGCAUAUAGAUACUAUACUUGGGUAGUCACAGAAGGAAUACAAGCUCCUCUUGGUGUUUACCAACGGGUCAUUCUUAUUAAUAAUCAAUUUCCUGGACCUCCAAUUGAAGCUGUGACUAAUGACAACAUGGUUAUAAAUGUCAUCAAUCAAUUAGAUGAACCUUUCCUCAUUACAUGGCAUGGAAUUAAACAAAGGAGGACAUCAUGGCAAGAUGGUGUGCUUGGUACCAACUGUCCAAUCCCUCCCCACUCAAACUGGACAUACAAAUUCCAGAUGAAGGAUCAAAUUGGAACCUACAUGUACUAUCCUUCAACUUUAAUGCACAGGGCCGCUGGUGGUUUUGGGGCUAUCAACAUUCAACAAAGGUCAGUGAUAUCAAUCCCAUACCCUGCACCUUAUGGAGAAUUCACUGUGCUUGUUGGCGAUUGGUACAAGGCUGGCGACAAGGCCUUACAGAAAACGCUGGAUUCAGGCUUGGGUCUUCCUCUACCAGAUGGCCUUCUUAUUAAUGGUGUCCAUCAAUCUUAUACUUUCACUGGUCAGAAAGGGAAAACAUACAAGUUUAGGAUUACAAAUGUGGGUAUUUCAACAUCAAUUAACUUCAGGAUCCAGGGUCAUCCAAUGACUCUUAUUGAAGUUGAAGGAAGCCAUUGUCUGCAGGAGGUGUACGAGUCCAUUGAUAUUCAUGCAGGUCAAUCUGUAGCCGUCUUGGUUACCUUACUUGCGUCAAUUAAAGACUACUACAUUGUGGCUUCUACCCGUUUCACAAAGCCUAUUCUCACCACUACUGGCAUUCUUCGCUAUGAGGGUUCCAACACUCCAGCCUCUUUGCCAUUGCCUAUAGGCCCAACUUAUCAGGUUCACUGGUCCAUGAAACAAGCCAGGACCAUCAGAUUGAACUUAACAGCAAAUGCAGCUAGGCCUAAUCCUCAAGGGUCAUUCCACUAUGGGUCAAUAAACGUUGUGAGGACGCUUGUUUUGGCCAAUGAAAAAGUCAACAUAAAUGGCAAGUUGCGAUAUGCCGUUAAUGGGAUAUCCUAUGUGGAUCCAACUACCCCAUUGAAGCUUGCAGACUGGUUUAACAUCCCUGGUGUCUUCACAUUAAACUCAACCAAGGAUUUUCCCACUUCAGGGCCUGCAGUCUUGGGUGCCUGUGUCUUCGGAAUCAACCUUCAUGACUUUGUUGAGAUUGUAUUCCAGAACUCGGAAAAAACUAUCCAGUCUUGGCAUCUUGAUGGAUCUAGCUUCUAUGUUGUCGGAUAUGGUUCUGGUGAGUGGACAAUUGACUCAAGGAAAAGCUACAAUCUGGCCGAUGCAAUAUCUAGACACACUGUCCAGGUAUAUCCAACAUCAUGGACAGCAAUUAUGGUUUCAUUCGACAACAAAGGUAUGUGGAACUUGAGAUCACAAUUAUGGCCAGAUCGGUACCUAGGCAAGCAAUUGUAUCUCAAAGUUUGGGACAACGAAAAGAGCCUGUUUACUGAGGCUGACAUUCCUCCGAAUGCACUACUUUGUGGCAAGGCCACUAACUUAUAGAACUUUGUCGCAUUGAUGUAAUUUUAUUAUUUUCUGCAUUUUCUGAUUUUCCCCCUUCAGUUUCAGUUACGAGGGUGUGACUGUAGGAAGAAAUACGGGGGAGUUAGGCUUCAAAAUGUACUGCAUGCCAUUGAUAUUUAA